AUGAGCAGACGUGUUGCCAUAGUAACCGGCGCCAAUCGGGGUAUCGGAUUAGCCAUAGUUCGGAAUCUUUGCAAGAACUUUAGUGGUGACGUCAUUCUUACGUCUCGUAUGACCUCAAAGGGGAAACAAGCGCUUCAGAUUUUACAAAAGGAAGGUCUCAACCCCAUUUUCCACGAACUCGACAUAACACAGUCGGCGAGUAUCUGGAUGCUACGAGAAUAUAUUGAGGAACGCUAUGGCGGUGUUGACAUACUGGUCAACAACGCUGCUGUGUCUUUCGAUAAAGGUGAAAAGGUUCCAAUUUUCAGAAAAGCCCAGCUCUGUUUUGAAAAUGAUUUCUUUGGCACUUUGAAUGUGAUAAAACUAUUUUCACCGCUCCUAAGACCACAUGCCAGAGUCGUUAUAAUGACAAAUGGCUAUAUAGGCAUCAGCAGUGCAUUAACGGGCGACGCCAAAGCGAGGUUCAAUGUCGAAUCUAUGAGCCUGUAUGACCUUGAGGUUUUAGCAAACGAGUACUUAAAGGCUGUGAAGUAUGGUACUUACCAGAAAUUUGGAUGGCCUGAGUCACCCAGUCAGUGCGCCAAACUUCUACUGGUAGCAAUGGCGAAGAUUUUGUCUAAAACAAUGGAAAAAGAUCAACGACGCAAUUUGUUGAUCAACGCAUGCUGUCCGGGGUGGACAAGAUCCGGAGGAAGUCGGGAAUAUCUGGACGAUGACGGAACGGCCGUUGGAGGUGUGGUUCUACAAGAACCGGAUACAGCGGCUUCGGACGUCGUUUGGUUAGCGACAAUCCCUUCGGGAACAGCGACACCUUGUGGAAACUUGGUACGACAUAAGAAGGUUGUCAAGGCAUCUACUUGA